CAUAGGUAUAACUAUAAGCGUAUAGCAGUAUUAUAGUUAUACAACACUCUCAGGCCUCACGGUGAACCUCUCAUACGCAAAUUCGUCACUCAUUCGCAAAUUCGUCACUCAUACACAAAUUCCAAAGCUCGAAUUGCAGGCUCUAUCAUGGACUUUGGGGAGAGCAUAUUAGAUUCUCUGGAUGAAGAGUUGAGCUGUGGAGAUGGUGAAGAUGUGGAGAUGAUGGAAGUAGAAGACGGAGAAGUCGUGGACAGGCAUAUUGUCUUGGAAAUUACUGACAAGAAUGACAAGGAAAUGAAGACAGAUUUGCAAAAUGGUAAUCCACAACCUGCAAAGAAUAUGAACAAUAAGAAGAGAAGAAAGAAGAAGAAUAAGAGAAAGAAAGGCAUACCUAUAUCAGAUGAUGUUGUUGACAUGGACAGGUUUGUCAUGGGUGUUUGCAAGCAGUUAAGAGAGCAAAAGUCAUAUCUGGUCUAUACCGCUGUUGGUAUUCUGGGAGUAUCUGCUAUAAAGGAUCUUGUAAAAGAGGUACAUGCUGUUCAAGCUUGUGGAGGUCAGAAGACUUCUUUAGGUGAUCGAUGUAGAACAGGUGGAGGCGUAUUAUGGAAUAUACUUAAAGCACGGGACCCCAAUGCCUAUAAAGAGAUAAUGAAGAAAGGAAGGGAGUUUGAGAAAGCAUUCAGGCGAGCAAGUAUGCAACCGCUUGGUGCUUCAGGUGCAAUUACUAGUAAGCAUACCGCUAGCACUUCAAAUGAUGUUGAGAUAAAAACUCCAGCACCAGAACAAUCAGCACAGCCCAGCACUGAAGUAGAGAAACGAACCUCUGUACAUGAUAGGAUUAGAGUGCCUGUGACUUACGAUGAUCUGCCUGGAGAGGAACCAGUUGAGGUGUUCAAAAAUACAACUGCUAAGAUUUCAAAAAAAGGUAGAUGCAAGUACAAUCAGCUACAAUAUGUAAAGAAAGUGUUGGUAACCAACUGUGGGAGUUUCCGAAAGACUUCACCAGGGAUAAUUUUGGUGCUCAAUAUCUGGUGUGUUCUACUGUUCUGUUUGUAACUUGUGUGUACGUAAAUAUAUGUUGCUCGUGGAGACGAUGAUAUUCGUUCCACGUUUCAACGUGGACAUUUUGGUGAGAAACCAUUAAUCAGCCAUUGCAGCUUCAGAAUAAGGACAUACGACGCUGGUUCCGAUAGAUGAUAGUUGUGUUGUACGAGUACAAAGUACAAAUGAGUUGUUGAAGGGCCUUGUUAACUUCAUAUGAUCUUUACUCACUCGAGAUUAUUUUUACUAGUUAAAAUGAUCUUUACAUAAAAUUUAGUUUUACAUAAUGAUACUUUUGGCAAUUAAAACUUUCUGCCGA